GAAAGGAAUUGCAACGUCGUUUAAGUCAGCGAGUACAGCAAUCCCCCAAGCAGGCAGUACAAGAACGUCCGGGAGUACCGCCUCAGCGCAAGAAAUUAUCACCCACGCAAUCAAAACCGAGUGCUACAGCACCUCAACAAAAAAGUAAUUCCGGUGUAAGAAUGCAGUCCCAUCUAGGCUCACGGCACGAUAUAGGGACAGAUAAGAUGACACCAGAUUUGUUGAAAUCUGGGGUAAACACUCCUGCAGGAUUUGCAAGCAGUUCAAAUAGCACAAGGCGAGCGCCAGUAUGGUCCGACUCCACACAAAAUGCAUCUUUGGAUGGAUCGGCGGUCACCGAAAAGACAAUAGAGGAAUCAUACAUGGUAUUGCGAGGAAACAGCGACUCGACAGAUGAUGACGAUUCGGAUCCCUUCAACAAAUUCUGGGAAAUCGUUGAAUCAUUAGUGUCAAAGAUCUCAAAUCCGGUCGCAUUCGCUACUGUGCCCCUUAACGGGACUGAUCCUCAAAUUUCAUUUGAUCCUAAUACAAUACAUUCCCCGUUGCCAUUUGGUAAUAACGCGGAUGGUGUCAAUGCAAAUAAGGAUUCGAAAACGGAUGAAUUGAAUACUGCCAUGAUGGAAUCGUAUUACAUUAUACCUAAUGAACAGAAAGCAAAUUUAGGAAAUAGCAGUUAUCAACGACCGUCUCCUUCUAGGUUGCACUCCUCAUAUAAAAAGUCCGAAAGUAAGAAUGUACCAACAAAAACAUUAGAAGAAUAUGCGAUGGAAAAUCAACAACUCAAAUCUACCUUAGAUAUAAUAUCUAAGCGAAUGCAGGCUUAUGAAAAGGCUGCAGAAGAGAAUAGUAUGCUAAGGAGUAGCAUUUUGCAAUUCAAAAAUGAUUUUCAAAAACAG